UGACUGGAUAGCCAUUAUAAUUUUAUCAGCUGAAUAGUAAUUAUUUACCAUCAAUUUAUACAAUUUAUAGUAAAAAUGCAAAAUAAAUUAGUUUUGCAAAUAAAUCGAAUUAUUUUUUGUGCAAUUCUUAUUAAAUCAUGUUCUUCCGAAAUAUCUACGUCCAAUAAUCAGUUUAGUCUUCAAUUGUAUUCCGCUUUAACUGCAAAACACGAUGGAGAUUUCUCCAUUUCUCCAUUCCCUGUGACCAAAUUAUUCGCUGCCUUAUACGCUGAAGCUGGUGGGAACGACUUGAUAAAAGCAAUCAGAAAUUCUCCUCAAUUUCCGGAAGAUAUUUCCACCGUGGUUCGUGACUACAAGAGAGUUAUAGAAGAUUUUUCAGCUAUUGAAUCAUUGGAAAAUAUUCAAUCCGCAUUUUUGGUCAACGAUUCCAUCGUUCAGAAUUUUAAAAACAUACUGAAAAAUGAUUUAGAUGUAACCAUAUUGAGCACAAAUUUGUCAGAUUUGGAUGCAACACAAAACACAAUUGUUAAUUGGACAGACCACAGGACAAAUGAAAGCGCACAGUUCCUCAAAGAACAUUUUAAUGAAAAUGCAACAACUUUCUUACUAUCAAAAUCAUUUUUCGAGGCCACAUGGGUUCACAAAUUCCAUUCCUCUUUUACAAAACCGAGUCCAUUCUAUUACGACGAAACGCACGCCAAUCAGGUCGACAUGAUGUUUCAAAGGGCUCGCGUUCCAUACGCGGAAAUACCCGAAUUGGACUGUACUGCAGUUUCAUUGCCGUAUAAUUCCGAAACAUAUCCCCAAAAUAGUAGUGCCGAUGAUGAGGACUUUCACCGAUUGGAAAUGAUAAUUUUACUUCCAAACAGUAGGACAGGGUUGACAGGAUUAGAAACUAGUCUAAAAACUUACCCAUUUUCAAGAAUCCCUCAACAAUUCUUGAACACGAAAGAUAUGUUUUUGUACAUACCAAAGUUUAAUGUGAGUUCUAUGGUGGAUUUAUCGGAAGUAGUUUCAAAGCUGGGCACAGAUUCACAGACAAGUUCGGAAGGAAUUAACUUGUCAAACGUCACUUUUAAUGGGGACAAAAAUUCGACGGUCAAUAUUUCCAAAAUUUUGCAUUUUGUAAAAUUUUCAGUUGAUGAAAACGGGAGUAAUGCGUCUAAUGAGACAUCAGCCACAGUGCCAAAUUAUUCACUAAAGUACAACUCGCCGGAAUCUUUCAGAGCCAACCGACCCUUUAUAGGGUUUCUUUAUGAUCAAGAGAAGCAUAUUAUUCUUAACAUUUUCCGUAAAAAGAGUUAAUUCAAGCCAGUAAAAAAAAGUUGCGUUUCGAUUCAAAGCAUUUGUAAAAUUCUGAAGAAAUAAUCCACCUCCAUUUCAGCAUCUAGACAUAAAUCGGUACAAUGAACCGCGUUCUUGACUGUGGACGUCCCAAACUUCGCACGGAUUGAGGUGGGGCGUAGUUUCUUGGCAAUUAUCUGACAGGAAAGUAUCAUUUGUACGAUAAUCUAAAGUUUAAUGGAGCUGUUUCAAAUUUAAUUUACUGGAUUCAUUGGUCCCACAAAUUCGCGAAAGCUGGCCGGAGUAUCUUCACCGCAACCGGAAAUUUCUAGCACGUAACAAGGUCCAAGAGACAAUUCUUCUGUCAUAUCCUACAAAAAAUUUAGUCGAGCCACAUAGUUUUAGUACCUCAAUGAUAUGCAAGUGGAUGAUGACGCUAUUUUAAUCAUUAAUUAAUUAAUUACACUGUAUUCGGGAAUGACUCCUUUGUAAAUCUCGUAAAAUUCUUCUGCAUGAGUUCGAUCCAAGUAAAAUAGUUCGAAUGCGGUGAUCUUGUAAUUGGCUCGUGUAAUGCAAUCGAUUAUAGAGCCAGCCACUCCUACACGACGGUCAGAUUAAGCAGUUUUUGCAUAUUUUCUACAUUCUAAGGACUAAUUGUUCCAUUUUACACUAAAAUAAUUUACCCUCUUUGACAGCGUGAGGUUUAAUCACACAACAAGUUGAACAAGUCAUUAAUGCCGUUCCUGGAGCAAGAAGCGGAAGUGCGCGAGAUUUCUUACUUUCUCGACACAAGCAGGACUUUCAGAAAUUUGAACGGCAUUAGUUACAAAAUCAUUUCCAUAAAUUGCCCUCAAAGACCCUGGUUGUUGCAACUUGGCGACACCAGGAUCUUGAUCGCCAGCCAAGCAACGAACUUUCUGAAUUGCGUCACGUCCAACGAGCAGAAAUGCGACAAGUGGACCGGAUGUCAUUUGAGUCACUAAUCGCCUAAAUGCAUUUAAUUAUUUGUAAUGCUCGUAAAACUUUGCAACCAUAUCGGGAGUCAUUCUGGCCAUUCGUGCUCUCAAAACUCUCAGACCAGAAUUCUCCAAUUGUCGCAAGAUCAUUCCAAGGCAUUGGACAGCAUGAGAUCGGGGUUCCAAAAAUUGUCGGGUGCAACUAUCCGAAUACUCCACAAGUGUCAUUUGUCGCCCAUAAAUAUUGAUGACGUUUCCCAAGUAGAGUUGAGAUAGGGUUACCGUUUCCAAUUUCAGCCUUCGCAGGAAUCGCUGGUUAUUUAUUACAUCUUUCUAAAAAUAAUUAUAAUUCUUAAUUAUUCUAAUUCUUCUCGGAUUAAAAUUAUUUGAAAGGA